AGAUGUUCCCAUUAUUGAUAGUAUCUUCAUUUUGGUUCAUUUUAGUGUUAGAACUAUAUUAUCAGUCCAAGUAACCGUGAAGUUAACAUUGUUAUGCGAGAUAUUCAUAGACGGAAAGUGAAACUACAUCCUGUCAUGAAUAGCUUCCUGAGGACGAAAAUGGUGAUCCGUCUUGACAAGCAAAGGGGGAAUUCUCCACAUUUAGAUGUGAACAGAUGACCAGUUAUUCAAUACAGUUUACUGUCAGCUCCUGCGGCAGACUCAUACAAAUAAUCUUUUUUUUAAACACAGGAUCUAAUUGAGGAAAUGAUAUUCAUAUACUACUAGCUUUCUGGAAGUAGAAACAGCUUGCUCUAGGGAUUUGGACAUACUUCAUUUUGAACUUAAACACAGAAAAGUGGAUUUCCUGGGAGGUACUCUAUCCUGUGGCACAAUGUGGAGCAACUGUUGUGGACAAAAAAGCCUAUGUUACCACACAGAGGAUGAGACUAACGGUUUACUACACAACGCUGAAUCAAAGACACCAAUCAAGGCCGGAACAGAAGCCGGCGUCAGUGCAACCUCAGAAGAGGAGGAAAGGCAUAAAGAAGAAACAAAAUCAGGGCUGGAUGUAGUGGUUGUAACCAAGCAGCCAACUCUAAAAGUUCACAAAGCACAGAGUUCUUACACGACAACAAUAUCAAUGUUACACACAGAAGCCUCUGUUGCUGCUGAUGUUAAUCCCAAUGUCCCACAUAAAAUGAUAUUGGCACCAGAAGAGAUGGCCAUCCUAACUAUAGAAACGACAGAGGCAUCAAUAGAGGUUGGCAGCUCAGCUAUAGAAAUGACAGAAACAAAGAAUGAAGUCGUACAAGAGAUUGAAAACAUUACCGCCGAAGUCUCAGAGGUUCCUCAAGACACAACUGAAGCACUUGUGAAGGCUGUUGCCUCACUAGCUAAAGAAGACCUCAGGGGUCAGCAUGACUCGCUUGAAAAAGUAGACAACACAGAAGUGCCGACAGAUGAUGCAGGUGUUCCUGCAACAAGUUCAGACUCCACAGUUGCACCUGUUGAGAAGGUAGCUGUUGAGGAAACACCUGUUAAGGAGGCACCUGUUGUUCUGGUAGAUUCCGAGAAGAACUCCUCUGAGCCAAAAACACUUGUGGAGAUCUCUGAUGAAAAGGAAAUUAUCCAAACUGAGGAACUGAAAGACACCAUUGAUGUGAAACAUGAAGAGGCUGGCCCAGUUCUUAAUGACACAGGGGAUAUUUUAGUGAUUGAGAACAGCAGCACAGAACCUGACUGGUGUAUUUUAGGUCAUUCAGAUGUGUUGGAUGAUUUUGAGAAAAGUGUUACUGACGUGACCGCAGAAGUAGAGCUCACUAAGGAGGCAAUAACUGAAGUGGAAGAGAAACUUUUAGGGGAUAUCCAUUCUGAGAUGUCUGAAUUGAAGCAAGAAAACUCUGAAGUCUCUGAAUCUCAUGAACAUUCAUCCUCCCUAGUAGUGGAUAUUACAAAUGGAUUCUCUUCUGGCUUUGAGAAUGGUGUAGUGAAGGACUCUAGCAAUCUAAAAAGUGAUAAUGAAUUUAUUGCUGAUGUCACCGUUGUGAAAGGGGUUCCUCAAAAAGAAGAUACAGUCCAGAAACCUAGUGAGAAGCUCUUAGAUGUUGAGAUUGAGGAACAACUGUCAUCUGAAAACUCUACACAUAUUCACAGCACUGUUAAAAAGGACAUAUCUGAAGUCAAAGAUUUUGUGACAGACAGGAAUGAAAAGGUUACAGAUCAUGUGCAGGAGGCUACAGAACCCAAUCAAAAUGGCCUUGACUCCACAUGUGCCUCUGUGCCCUCAAGUCCCAUUGAGAAAACCAGACCCACUGAGUCAAUGAGUGAUUCAGAUGCUGCUGAAGACACCGUAGAGGUCAAAGAUAAUGUUAUUGCGCUGACUGAGAUGAUAUCACUGGAGGAAGUCAUAAAAGAUGCUGCAGAAACUGAACCUCAACAAACAGAAGAGAAUAAGGAAAAGCAGGAAGAGAAAAUUCUUGUUGCCCAGGAAAAUGAAGGAAAGGAAGACACAGAAAGCUCUGAGACCCAAAAAGGAGAGGUCCUUUUCAGCAGUCAUAAAGUAGAGGUGGAGCUGAUACCUAUAAGGGAGACAGACAGGAGUGUGGAAGAAGAUCCGAAGGUGGAUGAUGAGAGUGCAGACCUGUAUCUGGGAGCUGAGGAGAUUGAAAUGAGGGCCAGUGAAGACAAGCCAUCAAAGCCGUUACUGGAGCUCACAAUUCCUGGUGUCGAGACCAGAUGUAGCUUAGCACAAGCUGUGGAUAUACUGGCCUACAGUGAGCGAGAAUGGAAGGGCAAUACAGCCAAAAGUGCUCUGGUCAGAAAGGGCUACAAUGAGAUGUCUCGUAGCUUCAGCUCUCUGAGGCAAGUAAGAGGAGAUAACUACUGUGCCCUACGAGCAACACUGUACCAGGUGCUGGUGACCAGCACAAAAAUGCCCACCUGGCUGCAGGAUGAAGGCUUUCUAUUGUUGCCAGAGAUGAUUGAGGCUCGUGAGCAUCUGAUUGGUGAAUGGGUGUUUCCCCUAGAAUGCAACCGGGGAAGUGAAAAGCAGGAUUCUGUAGAAAGGAUGAAAAAUUAUCUGGAGCUCCUUAAGAAGAAGUGGCAGGCAGCAGCAGCAGCUGAGAUACCAGAAGAGAAGCAGAGUGUUUGUGAGCACGUGUUUCAGGGUGGUGAGGAAGAGUAUGGUCUUUUAGAAGCACUCAAGUUUCUGAUGCUGGCCAAAGCCAUUGAGCUUCAUCACAAUAUGGUGUCAGAUCAAGAAGUGCCUGUGUUCUGCUGGCUCCUUUUUGCCCGUGACACAUCCGAAAACCCCCAAACCCUCCUGACCAAUCACCUGAGCCAGAUUGGCUUCACCGGAGGAGUAGAACAGGUAGAGAUGUUUCUAUUGGGCUAUGCCUUACAGCACACCAUUCAAGUCUUCCGUCUGUACAUGACAGACACAGAGGAGUUUGUCACACAUUACCCAGAUGACCACAAGCAGGAGUGGCCUUGCGUGUGCAUUGUGACAGAGGACGAUCGCCAUUACAACGUUCCGGUCAGGAGGACCGUUCAACACCAGCAAAGAGCCGAUAUCAUGAUGCCCUGAUAACACAGACCUCAGAGAACAAAUCUGACCAACAAAAGUGACAUGAUGUUUUGUUGUUCGAUGGUCUGUUGGUCAUUCAAUGAAUGAAAAUGCUUAGUGAUGGGAAUGUAAAUCAUCUGCUGAUAUAAUUUUGCAAGCAGAAGUGCUCAGGUUUUUUUCCCCCAAAUUAAUCACAGCGCUAACACACUGCCUGUCAGAAAAUGUUGUGAUGAGUAACAUAGGUGCAGACAGGAAACAAAGUAUUUUGCACUGUUGAAUACAAGUUGAAAGUUGAUAAUUUUCUUUGUUGAUGUGAAAGAAUACUAAGUUUACAACAAUAAGUUUAGAAAAUAUUGAUUGAAAUGAAUGUUAGUUCAUUCUGAGUGUAGAGAGGGAAUUCACAUUGUCUGCUGAAGUCCAUUUGAUGCAGAUUCAAUCAAAUUAAUAUGGUUUCAAAAUAUAAAACAUGCCUGAAAAAUGCCAUUGGCAGUGGUUGUGGCUUUUUUAGCCAACGUUGAGACUGUCAGAUAUCUUGGGUAAUUUUUAAACAUUGCUACAUUUGAAUGGCAAAUGUUUAUUUAAAUGGUCUUCAUUUUAUAUUGCUUUUGUAACCUUAGCGGUUUUCAAAGCACUUUACUCUGUGACUCAUUCACCUAUUCACACACACACUCACACACCAGUGAUGGCAGUGAUGCCAUGCAAGGUGUUAACCUGCUAUUGGGAGCAACUUGGGUUUCAGUGUCUUGCCCAAGGACACUCCGGCUUGUGGAGUCAUGUGGUCCAGGAAUUGAACCGCUAACCCUGCGAUUAGUGGCCGACCCACUCUACCACCUGAGACACAGCCGCCCCAUUUUUAUUUUUUGUAUUACAUUUUUUGGGAAACAAACGAGCAUGUUGAUAUGCACAAUGUGAUCAUCGUAUUUUCCAUUAUCAGAUAAGGUCAUAAAUAAUUAAAGAAAAAAAAAACAACACUGGUACAUUACCACGAUUUCGCAUUGCAUGUAAACACAUUUUCUGGCAUUCUUACCAUUUUAUUUACAUUUAUGCAUUUGGCAGACGCUUUUAUCCAAAGCGACUUACAGAGCCCUUAUUACAGGGACAAUCCCCCUGGAGCAACCUGGAGUUAAGUGCCUUGCUCAAGAACACCAGCGACAUUCUGAUUACCAGAUUACCAGUUAUGUGCUUAGACCACUACACCACCACCACUCCAUUUAAUUUGCGCAAGGGCUGUGUGCAUGCCUGUUUUUGUGUUGACAUCAAAAGUGGAGAUUAACCUGAUGAUUUCAAAUCCCAUGUAAACAAACUUUUUCUUGCAUUGUCAGAUUUUUUUGAACGAGCUGAUUUUUGGUAGUUGUCAGCAUAUUUGUGUGCAUGUAAACAUGCUCAUUUUGAUAGAAUCUUAUUGCCAUGACAGUUUUCCUCUGUAGUAGUUGUACUGCUUUUUAAAAAGUAUAAUUUGAAAUGUAAUAUUGAAGUCUUAAAAUUAAAGCACUAUUAGCAAGAGUAGUUAGAUGUUUAAAGUAAGAAUAACUUAUUCUAAAGUGUUGGCAUUCAUUCACAUGAGUUAUUUUACAUUUAUGUUAUGUUGCUACGGAGCAGGAAGAGGACGGGGCAGGAAUAUAUUUUCUGACAUAGUUUUGUGUGUCCUCGCAAUAAGUUUUGCAUUCUAUUGCAAUAGUUUGCAUUCCCUUGCAAUAGUUUUGCGUUCCCUCGCAGUUUUUUUUGCAUUCCCUUCCAUAGGAUCUCGAGCUGUGUAAUCGCAUUGGGACAUACCCUGAAGCCCUUAUACAAUCAUGCCAAUUUAUUGGAGGAGCUGUGUCACAGGCUCCAUAAAGUCGCUCUGACAUGUUUUGAGGCCUAGCUUAGUGGACAUUUUCUGGCGAACAAAGCAGGCGAAAGAGUUACCAUGCAUGUCGUGAGCCGUCGCCAUUCAAAAAUACUGUAUAAGAGAAUUAGUCGUUGGAAGGUAAGGAACAAAUUGGCCUAUUUGUCCGUUAUUGUCUUUUUCUGCGAGAAUGGACAUGAAUAAGGCAAUUGAGGAGAGGCCUCUGCCAUUCUCUCUCUCCCCUUCCCCAUUCGAAGCGAACUGCUCGCAGCGGAAGGGAUCAUUCAUGGGCCGGUGAGCCCGGCUGCUGAACGAGGGGGCUGGAAUAAGAGCAUAUUCCCCAACGGAGUGAUGGUGAACCAAUGCGCUGUGUUUCAUCUGUGCCAUUAUUCUUUUGGAUUCUAUCAGGAGAUCAAGGUAUUUUAACUUGUUUCUUUUAUAUUUCACCUGUUUGUGGACCACGUGGGUGUUCUGGUGAGACAAGAGAUGCACACUGCUAUCUCUGCUCAAUUUUUCAGUGGCUGCAUGGAUGUUGCUCUUUUCAGUCGGCUGUUGGAUCUACACACAAUGGUUUUGCAGUCCAACCAAGCGCAUUAUGUUAAGGAAUACUUUGAGCUUAUAUCAGCUCCAUUUGAAUUUCCCUCAUGUUUUCCCCCAGCCACUCGUGCUGGGUAAAGAGGUGGUCAAGGCGAUGCUUUUAUUUGCCAGUGUGUUUUGCGCUAUCCUGUCACUAGACUUUAUUCCCCCAUUAUAUGCUGGAAUCAGUUUAGUGUCCAACCCUAUUUUCAGUACACCAAUUUAGCUCAGUUUCCCCUGUAAAUUAUGCCGGAGAAAAGAACAUUGAAUAUUUUCAGCUUGAGUUUAGCCUCUGUCUUCUUGACCAAGGGUCUACAUGCGAUCCUGACGGGCUUGCUGUGUAACAAAGGAUGAGCCCACAUUCAGUGAAUUAAAUUGGACCAUAUAAAUAGUUUCUCACCUGUUUGCCCUUUCGUCAGUAUCAGAAUGAGUUCACCGUUAUAUAUGCCUCGAACGUCCCACAACCAGAAAAUGGUUCAGAUUUCCCCAACAACUUGCUGGGGAGCGAACAUAAAAGUAAAAAUCAGCCUCUGGCUCUAUGACCAAAGUUUUCGAGACAUGCUAACAGAAUUCGAUGUUCAUCGGGCACAAAUGUACACAAAACACAGUGAGCAUGAGCACCAUACGUUGUCCCCCCAUAAAGCAUGCUGUGUUGUUUCGAACCAGUUUUAUCAAGUAAACAUUCCCUCCAAUUUUCAUAUGCUUUUACCCGUUAAAAUACCAGGAAAAGGUUUAUUCUGUCAGCAUACUUACUGUAGAUACAUUUCAGGGUGCUCAUCAUUUAUGCCUAAAUACAAUGAAGGCAAAAACAUUAUCAAAUUCCCUUCAUCCAGCCACAGUAUUGGAGAAGCGAAGGCUUCCCUCCGCUGUGCCGCUGGUUCUGGGGCAGUUGCCAAAAGUAAGCCAAGCACACCAUCAAGUGCUUAAAGGUCGUGCUGCAGGCAAGAGCCAUGCAUUAAUCCCUUUGUCUGCCUGUCUGUUGGCUUGGCAGAAGCUGUAGGAGAGUGGACAUUGCAUACUCAUGUUAUAGAACAAAUCUGGAGAAGAUUCAGCAGAGCGGAAGCAUACCGGUUUGCUUCGAGCGAGAAGUCACACUGUCCCCUCUGGUUUUCCCUUUCGCCCCUGGCACUGCUGGGCAUCGAUGCGUUGGCGCAUCAGUGGCCAACAACACAUCUUUACGCAUUUCCACCAAUCAGUCUGCUGCACGCAGUUCUCCAGAUAGAUCAGGAGGAUCGGGUUUGGCUUCUGUUAGUGGUGCCGUUUUGGCCAUCUCUAGUAUGGUUUUCGACUCUGAUCUCUCUCCUGGAGAAAGUGCCUUAGGAGAUUCCAGUCAGAACAGACAUGUUGUCUCUGGUUCGGGGUAGCAUUUGGGACCCCCAGCCAGAUUUGUGGAAGUUAUGGAUAUGGCCCUUCAAUGGGACGCUCUUUUGAAUGAUGGGUUAUCCCCUGGCGCACUUUUGAAUGAUGAGUUAUCCCCUGCUGUGGAUAAUACCAUUCUGAGCUAUAGCUACAUCAUCAAGUAAGCUUUAUUCGUUCAAGUGGCGUAUUUUUGCUUCUUAGUGUACAGCACGAGGAGAAAAUACAGUUCACUGCUCUGUUGGCACAGUGCUGGAUUUUUUGCAAGAGCGUUUUGGGGCCGGGGUUGCCCCAACAGCACUUAAAGUCUAUGUUGCCGCUAUAGCGGCUGAGCAUGCGCUUAUCAGUAGAGUCUCUGUCGGUAGACUUUAUUCCCCCAUUAUAUGCUGGAAUCAGUUUAGUGUCCAACCCUUUUUUCAGUACACCACUUUAGCUCAGUUUCCCCUGUAAAUUAUGCCGGCGAAACGAGCGUUGAAUAUUUUCAGCUUGAGUUUAGCCUCUGUAUUCUUGACCAAGGGUCUCGGGGCAUGCGUAAUAUAACUCAAUAUAUGAUAAAAAAAAUAGGUCUACAUGCGAUCCUGACGGGCUUGCUGUGUAACCAAGGAUGAGCACGGGGUACCGUUUUAUGCACGGGGUACUAAACUAAACUUUUAAUUCCCUCUGUUUUAUUCAGACGCUUUAACUUGCUUGUGCGCUGAUGCUUGCCACACGGUUGGCAGCUAAUGUUCGCAUGGCGUGAACGUAUAUUGUUCCCAAUGUGAUUGCGCAGCUCGAGUACCUUCGAAAGGGAACUUCUCGGUUAUGUGAAGUUUUAUAUUCUCUUUUAAAAUAUUUCCAUUUACAGUCCUAUUCACAGCUCAUAAGAAAAAAAAAAUAAGAGGAA